UGAACUGGCUUUACUUCUAACCUAAGAUGCCUUCAGUAACUACGUCAGUUCGGUUUGCAUUUCUUCAUGUCUUAGGCAUUCUGUCUCUGAUGCCCAUCAGCUUUGGAGCUGAUUUAGUUGCGGUGCCCAUAGGGUGUGGCACGCGUGCGGCAGACGUGGUGGACACCCCAGGUGCACGCGCGCUGCUGCUGUGUCCCGCAAACUGCACAGUGUGGAAACUGUCAGUGUUCGGCUCCGGGAUUUACGCCUCCAUCUCCAGUGUCUGCGGUGCAGCCCUGCACAGUGGGAUUAUAACUACAUCUGGAGGAGCUGUGGAAAUUCAGAAACUGGCGGGCAGGAGCCACUAUCUCAGCUCUUACGCACACGGCAUCCAGACUCAGUCCCUGGCAAGCUGGAGUGGAUCAUUCACUGUAGCCAGAGCAUUCAGCUUGCCUAUGGAAGUAGCCAGUCAAACUAGCACUGCUGGCAUCCCAGUAUCUGGACCAGCAAAGAAACCUGUCAAGAAACCCCAGAAGAAACCUCAAGUAACAGAAUUCAGAGAUUGUCAUGUGGAUAUAGCUCUGAUUCUGGACAGCAGCUAUCAUAUAGGAAAUCGGCGCUUCAACCUACAGAAGAACUUCAUUGGAAAACUAACAACAGUGCUGAAGGUUGGGCCAGAUGGACCACAUGUGGGACUGGUGCAAGCUGGUGAGACGCCUCGGAUUGAAUUCUACCUGGGCAACUAUAGCAUGCCCAAAGAUGUGGUUUUUGCCCUCAAAGAGGUAUCUUUAAGUGGGGGCAACGCCAAUACAGGCAAAGCCAUACUCCAUACAGCAAGGAACUUUUUCAAUCCUGAUUUUGGAGCACGAAGAGGUCGUCCACGGAUUAUUGUGGCAUUUGUUGAUGGAUGGCCCACUGACAACCUGGAUGAUGCAUCAGUAAUGGCUAGGGAAUCUGGAAUUAAUUUGUUUUUAGUGAAUGUGGCCAAAGCUACCCUAGAGGAGUUGGAAUUGGUGAGGGAUCGAGACUUCAUGAAGAAGGCAGGUUGCAAAGAUAAUGGUUUCUUCACAAUGACCAUACCAAGUUGGUUCAGCACAAGUAAGUUUGUGAAACCUCUGGUUCAGAAACUCUGCUCUGUUGACCACUUGCUCUGCAGCAAGACCUGCUAUAACUCAGUCAAUCUGGGUUUCCUGAUUGAUGGAUCCAGCAGUGUGGGAGAGCCAAACUUCAAACUAGUUCUGAACCUCCUAAGCUCCAUUGCCCGCAACUUUGACAUUUCUGAGUUAGGCUCACGUAUUGGAGCUGUGCAGUUCACAUAUGACCAGAGACUGGAGUUUGGCUUCAAUGAUCAUCCAGGUAAGGAGGAAGCCUUGAGAGCCCUACAGAACAUCCAGUACCUAAGCGGUGGUACGGCCACUGGAGAUGCCAUCACCUUUGCUAUGGAGAAUCUCUUCCAGCCCGUUAGCUCGACUCCGGGCAAAAAGUUCCUUAUCAUUAUUACUGAUGGCCAGUCCUAUGAUGAGGUUAGAGGACCAGCCGUUGCUGCUCAAAAGCAAGGGAUCACAGUGUUCACUGUGGGUGUAGCUUGGGCUCCAAUGGAGGACCUGAGAGCCAUGGCAUCAGAGCCCAAAGAGACACACACCUUCUUUACCCGCGAGUUCAGUGGCCUUGAGCAAUUUGAGCAGCCCAUCGUACGGGCAAUCUGCAGGGACUUCACAGAGUUCAAUUAAAAAGUUUUGAAUUUGGGUGGGUAGGAAGUAGAAAAAGAACACACAUGCGCAAUAAAACGAAAGCCACCUCAAUACUUUUGGUUUAGCUUAUCUGGUCAUUUCUGCAGCUAUUAGUACAAAAAUAGUAGUUGGGUUGUUUUUUUUUUCCUUUUCAAACUAGGUAUAUUCUGUCUGUGCCGAGACAGCCCCUUUAUUAUAUUGUUUUGCCCUGAGAUGGGUUUUGCUUUAAUAGUAAGAUCGAACCAAAGGAUUCUGACUUAUUCUGAAACUGUGUAACUCUAUAUUAAACUCGUACUAACAAUGGCAGAUGUUAUCAGAGAUGCAUCCUGGUAUUCUAGAAGAAAGAAAGAAAGAAAGGACAAAAGGAUGGGGGGAGAAGAGGUUUGAUGUGUCUAUCACUGGCUGCUCAAGAGUGAUUUAAUGUCCACACCGACCAUCAAGCUUGACAAGGCUGCUCUCUUGUGCGUGUCACUGGUACUACAGAAAAACCUGAGAGAAUUUCCACAGGUGAAAGGCUAACCACACCAUAGCAUCCUCUAUCACACCAUGCACUUACACAAGCACUGUAAUGUACACAGCUUUUUUUUAGUUACAGCUUCUCAUAAUCUAGUGUCACGUUUUAUAUUCAUUUCUCAUGCCACAUGUUCACAAAGGAGAUGUUGAGAGUUAUACAUAUUAAGUGUUCUGAUCACACAAUUACUUCUGUUUCUUAAAUUAUGCUUAAAGCUCAAUUAUGCUCUUACCAUGUCUCUUAUAUACAUAUAAAUAUGCAUGCUUAAGUGCCUUGCAAAACUGAGAAGCAACAGCAGAGUGAUUGUGCAUUUCUGUUUAAUUUAUUACUUUCUUCUCA